AUGAAAAGAACUAAAGAAACAUUUUUUAGAAAACAUCCAGAUUGGUAAAAAAGAUAAGGAGUAAGUGGUCUGAAGGAAUUUGAUGGUGAGGAUGUAUGUAAGGAUUAAAUUCAUAUCGUUAGAAUAUGAUUCUCGCAAUAAAUACAACAAAGAACAAUAAAAAUAAUGGAUCCUCGAUUAGAUCGAAGAAAAAAGAAGAAGACAAGAAUAAGAGAAAGAUGAAGAAUAGGCUUAUGCACAAUAAACCUUAGAGAUAAAUAGAUUUAGAGGAAUGCUCCAAGACAACUUUGCCUAAAGGAAAACAGAAAUUGGAAUUGCUACUAAAUAAACGAAUCUAUUAUUAGUAUUCUUAUUUAUAUUUUAAAUAGGCAAAGGAGAAAAAAGACAAAGAGGAAAGAGAAAAACAAGAGAAAUUAGCAGCAGAACGAGCUGAAAGGGAUUAAUUACUAUAAAGAGGUCGUAAAUAGUCGUAUAAUGGAUGAUUAUUAUUA